CGCGUCUCUUCAUCUCCCAAAUUUUCUUCUCCUAAUUUUGGUAUCUAACUUCAUCUUCAUUACUGCCAAGAACAAAAAGUCAAAAAUCCCAAGAAAAAAAAAUAUCGCCUUUUUUCUUUUUUUUUUUUGUCUAAGAAACCACCACGAAGCUUCUUCAAUCCCUCUCUCUGUCUUGAAGGUAUAAUCAUCACCCAUAAACUGAUAAACCUACCCUUUUAUUUUGUUUUUUGUUUUGGGCUAUUUUGCAAUAUAUUGUAUACUUUUUAUUUUUUUUGGGGGCGAUUUUAUCAUGCCCAUUUCUUGAUUUCUGUAUCUCUGAAGAUUUAGAACAGGUUUUCACUUUUGACCCUGAAAAAUUUUGUUUUGGGUCUUUCUGGUGGGAAUCUGAGAGUUUGAAUAAUCAAGAGAGAGAGAAGGAGAGAGAGAGAGAGAGGAAUAUGGAUAUUUUGAAUGGGUUUUUAUUCAAGGAGAGAUGGAAAUUUCGUGGAAUUUUCAAUGGGCUUAUUGGGUUGGUAUUUAUUAUCUUAAUUCUUCACCAAGCUUCAUUUUCAAGGCAAUCUUUUUCUAUUCGUCCUGCUAUUAAGAUCUUCCAAAGUGGUUUCAACAAGAAUGGUGUUAUUAGGAGGAGAAUUGUGGAGAAACUUGAUAAUUCAUCAAGAAUUGAUCUUUUCAGUGAUGGGGGAAUGGGGGGUAGUUUGGGUACUAGUAAAACUCCUGAUUGCACUGGGAUUUAUGAGCAUCAGGGUUAUGAUUCCAAAUGUGAGUACUUGAGGAGUAACCCUGGGUGUGAUUCUGGGGGGUAUUUCAAUUAUAUUAAGUUCUUUUACUGCAAUUGCAACAACUAUAGUGCUUUGGGGUAUGUGGUAUUAGCAGUGUGGUUAGUUGCUUUGUUCUACUUGUUGGGCAAUACUGCUGCAGAUUACUUCUGUUGUUGUCUCGAGAAGCUCUCGAAUUCGUUGAGGUUGCCCCCGACUGUGGCGGGGGUAACUCUGCUCCCGUUGGGGAAUGGGGCGCCCGAUGUGUUUGCGAGCAUUGCUGCUUUCGUUGGGAAUGAUUCGGGGGGUAUGGGGUUGAAUAGUGUGCUUGGGGGGGCUGUGUUUGUGACUUGUGUGGUGGUUGGGACUGUGGCUUUGUGUGUUACUGAGCAGGGUGUUGAGAUUGACAAGAAAUGCUUCUUGAGGGAUGCUUGUUUCUUCAUUUUCGCGAUUUUGUCUCUGCUUAUGAUUUUGGUUCUUGGGGAGGUUAGUGUUGGGGUUGCGAUUGGUUUUUUCUGCAUAUAUGUUGUGUAUGCCAUUUGUGUUGCUGCGAACGAGAUUUUAAGGAAGCUUUUCAAGGGAUCAAAAGCGGAUUGCGUGACUCCAUUGCUGCCAGUGACUAAUGAAGAAGGGAAGAUUGAGAAGUUGGAUUCUAAAGAUGUUGCACCUGAGCUUGAGAAGUUGCCACAUUGGCUUUGGACUUCGAAUGUUGCAAUCUACUCGAACGAGACUGUGAAGGUGGCUCCCGGGGAGAGCACCGAGUUUUUGUGGGGUUGGACUGAUGAACAUCCUGCUGAUGAUAAGUGGUCAGUGGUUUCCUGUUCUAAGGUAGUGUCAUUGCUAGAAUUGCCCUUGAUGCUGCCCCGAAGGUUAACGAUUCCCAUCGUUGAUGAGCAGAGAUGGUCUAAGUUUUUUGCUGUGGGCAGUGCUUCCUUGGCGCCAUUGCUUCUGUCGUUCCUUUGGAACACUCAAGAAGACGAGGGCUCAAUCGCUGCCGAGAUUGUGUACAUCAUUGGGGCUGGCUCGGGUGGCGUCUUAGGAGGCCUCGCGUUCAUCUAUACCAAACCUGAUCACCCACCCGAGAAGUGGUUGUUCCCAUGGAUAUUCGGGGGGUUCUUCAUGAGCAUCAUUUGGUUCUACAUCGUGGCAAAUGAACUAGUCGCCCUCCUCGUGGCAUUCGGGGUCAUAUUUGGCAUCAACCCCUCGCUCCUUGCCUUAACCGUCUUGGCCUGGGGCAACUCCAUGGGAGACCUAAUCUCCAACGUCGCCAUUGCCAUGAACAACAGAGAUGGCGUGCAGAUCGCCAUGUCGGGCUCCUACGCAGGGCCAAUGUUCAACACGCUCGUUGGCCUCGGCAUCUCCAUGAUGCUGGGAGCAUGGUCAAAACAACCCGAACCCUAUACGAUUCCACAAGACAACAACUUGUAUUACACGUUGGGAUUUCUAAUGCUGGCACUUCUUUAUACCCUCAUUGUGCUACCAAGAAAUGGGAUGCGCCCAAACAGGUUGUUAGGUUUGGGACUUAUGACCAUUUACUUGGUGUUUCUUUCUGUUAGGGCUACCAUAGCAGUGGGUGAUGGAUCACUCCUAUUUCGGCCUUGAAUUUUUGGAUCCAUCCAUAGAUUAUGAUACAAUGUAAGAUGAAAAACUAAAUGUAGUAUACCCACGAUGCAUAUGAUAAAUAUGUGUAUGUAUAUCACUGUUUGUUUUUCUGUAACAUAGAGAGUAGUUCUUGUGUACAUUCUAAACUUGGCCAAACCACUUUGGGUUCAUGAAAUUAAGUUUUAUUGGAACUUAUUGAAUUAUAA